AUGACACACCUUUGGCCUUCCUCCGCUAUGAAUUUAUGCCACAAGGCAUUUUUGUUCCCCUCCAACCCACCAUUUCAAACCGCAAUUCAACUUCCUCUCACUUCGAUCUCGCCCCACUUCAACUUUAAUUCCCUUCCAAAACCCACAUUCCCUCAUGCCACUGCAAAUGCUACCAACGAAGCAUCUAUGCCAACCAUGUCGCAAAUUCUAGAAGCGUCGCGAGCGCAGAAGCUCGACCUUCACCUCAAAACUGUUGGACCCUUUUUCAGAAUCACAGCAAGGAGCUUGGGAACCGACGCAGAGCUCGGAAGGGCCGAGGGGUUUGUAAGAUUCUGGGUGGGUGGCAAAAUCCUUCACUUGGACUCCAUCAAACUACGAAGAGAAACACUGGGCAUGGAGAAAUCAAUCUUUGGCCUUGGUUUGUUCAUCGGAGCCGUUGCAAUUCGACACGGUUAUGAUUCUGGCUGCAAAACAGCGCAGCUAUUGGCCAUUAAUGAUUCCGAUCUUUACCAUUCGAAGUUGGUUCGGUUCUACAGUAGACUUGGGUUUAAAGCAGUGUACGAGGUUACGGGGUCAUCCCUUGGAGACGUUUGGCACAUGCUUGUGUGGGGUGGUGUUGGUACCCGCAUGGAUGCUAGUGUUGAAGAACUGAUGGUAAAAUGGUGUACAAGAUUUAAAGCGCCUCAUAAAUAG